GUACUAAAGAUGGGCCGUCGAGCCCGCCAGGACUUCUUCCCAGAUGAAAAUCUCAGCAGGAUCUGCUUCGGUUGGAGAGGGUCCACCACCUAAACCCCCACGCCGGCAAGGAGGCUGGGCAGAUGAUCCUGUACUGGCACCUACCAAGUCAGGAAGAAAGCAUGCAGAAGAAGUAGAAGACCAUCGUCUCAGACAGCAGAGCCUGGAGGCAUCAGAUGAUGGAGGAGACAUUCCCGUGAUCCCUGACUUGGAGGAAGUCCAGGAGGAAGAUCUGGCCAUGCAAGUGGCAGCUCCCCCCAGUGUGCAGGUGAACCGAGUGCUGACCUACCAUGACCUGGACAAAGAUCUUAUGAAGUAUGCUGCCUUUCAGACUCUGGAUGGAGAGGUUGACCUGAAGCUUCUCACCAAAGUUUUGGCUCCAGAGCAUGAACUACGAGAGGAUGAUGUCAGCUGGGAUUGGGACCAUCUCUUCACAGAGGUGUCCUCAGAACUAGUGACUGAGUGGGACCUGGGACAGUCUGAGAGAGAGGACCACCUCAGUCUGCCCUAGAGCACUGGCACACCAGACAUCUCAUACAUGCAUCCCUUGUAAAUAGUUUAGCACUUUAAUUUUCUAUUCACUUGUUUGUAUUGGAAAAUUUAUUUCAGACAUGAAAAUAAAUAGGACCUUGCUUCAUA